CUGCGUGGAUUGAUCAUUUUAUUGGGGGUUCUGAAAGAAAAAGAAGCGAUUAAAGAAGGUAUAUAAAAAAAAUCGUAGAGGGAGAGGAAAAACAAAAAUGCCCGAACCCGCAAAAUCUGCACCUGCACCGAAAAAGGGAUCGAAAAAGGCCGUGACGAAGACGCAGAAGAAAGGAGACAAGAAGCGGCGGAAGACCAGGAAGGAGAGCUACGCUAUUUACGUCUACAAAGUGCUGAAGCAAGUCCACCCGGAUACUGGCAUUUCCUCCAAAGCCAUGGGCAUCAUGAACUCGUUUGUUAAUGACAUUUUCGAGCGCAUCGCCGGCGAGGCGUCCCGCCUGGCGCACUACAACAAGCGCUCCACCAUCACUUCCCGGGAGAUCCAGACCGCCGUGCGCCUGCUGCUGCCCGGAGAGCUGGCCAAGCACGCCGUGUCCGAGGGCACCAAGGCCGUCACCAAGUACACCAGCUCCAAGUGAGCCGCACACCAGAUGAACUGCCUACUUACAGUACUCCUUAAGCUCUUGCCAGGGGCCUUUCGUGACUUGCGUGGCGAGAGCGGCCAGUGACCCAUGCACAAAUAUGCACAGCUCGAAAGAAAUUCUAUUGAGUGUCAAAAUGAUUAAAGGUUAUAUUUUAAUUCA